GGGGGGGGGGGUCGGCGGUGGCGAACUCUCGCGAGAUCUCCGGGUGGUGGAAGAUUCUGGAAGAUGUUCCGACUCUUUUCUGAGGCCGGGCGGCGGAUACCGGCGGCGACCUGCUAUCUGCAACGAUUUCAGAGCACUCUUGUACUAGCAGAGCAUAAUAAUGAGAAGCUGACUCCCAUUACCCUCAAUGCCAUCACUGCAGCCAAACAGCUGGGUGGAGAAGUUUGUUGUUUGAUUGCUGGCACAAAUUGUGGCAAGGUUGCAGAAGAAGUCAGUAAAGUGCAAGGUGUGAAGAAGGUUCUAGUGGCUGAGAAUGACUCAUUUGAAGGUUUUCUACCAGAGGAGCUGACACCGCUGGUGCUUGCUGCACAUAAGGAAUUUAAAUUCACGCAUAUAUGUGCAGGGGCUUCUGCCUUUGGAAAGAACAUUAUACCUCGAAUAGCUGCUAAACUUGAUGUCGCUGCCAUCUCUGAUAUCACUGAAAUUAAAACCCCAGAUACAUUUGUCAGAACUAUCUAUGCAGGGAAUGCUUUGUGCACAGUGAAAUCUGACGAUGACGUCAAAGUGUUCUCUGUAAGAGGCACAUCAUUUGAAGCUGCUUCUGUGAAUGGAGGAAAUGCAAGUUCUGAAAAGGUUUCACCUCCAUCUGCAGCUGGGAUCUCUGAGUGGAUUGGACAAAGCCUGACCAAAAGUGACCGUCCAGAGCUGACUAGUGCAAGAGUUGUUAUAUCUGGAGGCCGUGGAUUAAGAAGCGGAGAAAACUUCAAGUUGUUGUAUGACCUCGCAGAUAAAUUGCAUGCUGCAGUUGGUGCUUCUCGAGCUGCAGUAGAUGCUGGAUUUGUACCCAACGAUUUGCAGGUUGGACAGACUGGAAAGAUUGUUGCACCUGAGUUAUAUAUUGCUGUUGGAAUUUCAGGAGCAAUACAGCAUCUGGCAGGAAUGAAGGACAGCAAGACUAUUGUGGCUAUUAACAAAGACCCUGAGGCUCCCAUCUUUCAGGUAGCGGACUAUGGUUUGGUGGCAGAUCUCUUCAAAGCAGUACCAGAGAUGACGGCUCUAUUGGAGAAGUAAUCUCAAAGUUCUACAGUUUGAUCAAUAAUCUGGUGCUGAUCCGUUAAUUGGACCUGUACAGUUUAAAUAUUAUGUACAGAUAGUGUGUACAUGAAUGCUGAAUAUUAUUUUGAUAGACCCAAUUUGGUCUCUAAAUUAAUCAGUAUAGCUAAUUGAUUACACUAGAAGAUCUGUUUAGUUGAGUGGAUUGUGGUUCCAGAAUUUGACUGCUUACCUGUGUAUGUACCAAAUCUGACACAGAGAGGAGGUACAUGACCACAUUGCCUACCCCAAGCCCAUCUACACAACUGAUAACUUGAGUAAAUAGAAACUGCCUCUGAACACCCCCUCCACCCCAAGAUCUCAUGUAGCACCUUCCUAGGGAGAGACUGGCAGGUGUGAACCUUUUAAGCUAUCAAUGUAUCAGCUUGUUUCUAAAACUUUUUCCAGAAAAGAUUCUUAACUCAUAGCCUACAGGAUUAUAGUGACCAUCUUCUGGUGGAAUUGCUAAUUUGUGUUUCCUCUAACAACAUGCAGCUGUGAUGUGUGUUUGUAUUUCUUACUCAUAACUUGGGGAGACGUUCUAGUGACUGAAGAUCAUGUUGGUUAUUCCACUGCACUUGAUUACUCGAGCUACUCUGUCCCAUUGCAAUUUAAAAAUCCUUAAAAGUUGUAAUUAAAUGUAAUUUUAAUUUGAGAUUCCAACAUGUUGCAAUGUGAGUUGAGUGACCUCAACAGUUCUUCAGUUAAUGAAUGAUUACAACUCUACUAUAGAGGGGAGAGGUAUGACUACAGAUAAAUAUGCAAAAGACUAGGGCUAUGAAUAUCUGGGAAUUAUAUGUGACACUGUGAUAUUAUAAAGGGGAGGAGGUGAGGCUGGUCUUCUGGAUGAGAUUACAAUAUCAAAAAAAUUGUUAAUAGUAAUCAAUUUAUCUGCAGACAUUUUAUUCAGUUACAAUAAAUGUCAAAUUUUGGGGCAAUCAACUGGAUAAUAUUUUGUAAUAAACUGAGAGAUCAUUCUCUUG